AUGUCGACAGCUCAAAAUCCUUCCAAAGGAGGGAAGAAGGCUGACAAUGACAAAUUACCCCCACAAAAGAACAGCCCAAUACUACCCGCCUUCCUAGUUGCUAUAAUUAGCAUAGCAGCUGUCAACAUCUUCGCGCCUGGCGCGGUUACCACGGUCUUUGACACGUUCAUAGCUCCUUUCAAGUCAUUAGCGUUGAAACCUCAGAUUCCCCCCUUUGAUGUGGUCGACAUACCCGGCCGAGGAAAAGGCGUGAUUGCGAAUCGAGACAUUAAGCAAGGGGAGCUUCUCAUCAGAGAGAAACCUUUGUUCAUUGUGCCAACCCGACCUGGGGUCGACCCAUCCCAGUUGAUCGGGGGCAUAGUAGACGCUCUCCCUUCGACGGACAAGGCCGUCUUUUUAGCACUAUCGUAUGCUAAGCCCAACGUGUCUGCGCAAGAUAUUCCAUUUGAGAUAUUCCAAACAAAUGCGAUCUCGGCCGGCCAACGGGGAACGGGUUUGUUUCCUAGGACAGCGAGGCUGAACCAUGGGUGUUCCAGAGCAUUUGGAGCCGUGUAUAGUUGGAGAGAUGCCGAGGGAGUACUGGUCGUACAUGCGAUAAGAGAUAUACCAAAGGGGCAGGAAAUAUUGACGACAUACACAAACACUAAACGUAGAAGAAGUGAUCGACAGGCGCAUCUUCGGGCACAUUACUACUUUGAUUGCGCAUGUUCUGUAUGUUCCCUACCCAAAGAAGAAUCAGCAGCUUCGGACCGAAGGUUGGGACAAAUGGCGGACGCAUAUUCGAUGUUUUCCUUGUGGGGCAGCGAUAAUAUCAAGGGAACCGAAGCCAUCAAGACCGCCAAGAAGAUUUGGCGCGGGCAACUUGCUGCUGACGCCGCUCACGUCGCUGCAGCCCACGGAGAUGCUAAAUCAGCCCCUUCAACAAAAGCAUACGUGCCUGCCACCCCUAGCACCACAGCACCUCUAACUCUUUCAACGCCUUCAGUUGCUAAACUUCACCGAUCAUGGGCCGAUAUGACUCAUUUGGCACCCCGUCACUGCCUCUCAGGAGAAGGCUGUACAGGCGACGUGUCUAGCACGUCUGCAACAAAGCGAGGGCCUUGCCAUGCUACCAGAUUUUCUCAGUCGCCUCUUUCCACAGAGAAGAACGAAAAGCGUGUCUUAUUGCUGGUUACUACGAUUCCAACCAUAGGUUUAAAUGUCGAAACCGUUGAAGCACCUACAUCCGGUCGUCGUAGACCAUUGCGACUAACUUGCUGGGAUGUGGGCGGGUGCGAUAAAAUUCGUCCAUUGAUUAGGCACUAUGCUGUGGACAGAAGUUCUCGUUUACAUUUGGACUCCAGCGAUAGGGAGCGCCUUUCCGAAGCGAUCGAAGAACUGAAAAUCAUGUUAGAUAUAGUAGAGGAUGGUCGGGAGCAGGGUGCAAGCCCUAUCCCAUGCCUUAUUCUCGCAAACAAACAAGACUUACAAGGUGCCAUGGGGCUCGACGAAAUCCGCAUCAAGCUGGUCCCAAUUAUUUCAGCUCGGCCGGCUUGUGCUGUGUUCCCUAUAUCUGUGGUAUCCGCUAAUUUCUUAUCGGCAAUUACACCAGCCAUGGAUUGGGUAUACGACGUUACCACUGAAGACUCGCCGAAAGUACAAGUUCAGAAAUCGGUUCACAUUCGAUCUGAGGACAAGUUAUCUGAGAAAUUGAAUUCUUGGGUUGAACGAGCUUCCGAAGAUAUUGCCCCGGACGAAUUUCUCGCCUCGUUUGAAGCAAUCAAUUUACCAUCCUGGGAUCAUUACACACACAUUAGGAUUGCGUACACUAUUCUGAACACGUAUGGUAGACAAAAAGGUGCGCAUAUAGCAAGAAUUUUAACCGUCACUUACAAAUCCCUUAGGAAAAAAGAUGAUAUUCGAUGGUAUAGAGAAGUAUAUCAGAACAAGUGCACAAACUACUGGAAGGACAUUCCAUAUAACUAUGACCUACUUUUGGAUCCAGAUCGUUCAUUUUGGCACCCAGAGUAUGCCAACGGAUGA